CAGUGGUCUGGGUAACUGACCCAAACAGAUGUAGACCAGGCUUUUCAUAAUCUCCUUUCGAACGCAAUGUCUCAUGAGGACGUCAACACAGGAACUGCUGUGUUUGUAGACCACCUGUUCAAGCCCCAGCCUGAGUUCCUGGAUGUCUUGAAGCAGUCGUAUUUGUCUGAGGGUUUCAGUGUUGACUUCAGUAAACCCACAGACAGCGCCAACAMCAUCAAUAAGUAUGUUUCAGAUAAGACCAAUGGAAAGAUCGACAAGCUAGUCGAAGGCCUGGAUCCAGGCACAGUCAUGUAUCUCCUCAGCUACAUUUACUAUAAAGGCAAGUGGGCGACUCCAUUUGAUCCUUCUAUGACCAGGGAGGACGAGUUCAAUGUAGACGAAACCAACAAGGUUUCAGUCCAGAUGAUGAAAAAGGAAGGACAUUUUCUGACAACCUAUGACCAAGCACUUAGCACAUCUGUCCUCCUGCUUCCUUUCAACAACUCCUUCUCCAUGCUGCUGAUGUUGCCAUAUAGCAUCACGGUUCUGGAGAACAACAUCACUCCAGCUCAUGUCACCCACUGGCUGAACAGUGUGUUAUACAGGCACUACAACUUAUAUGUUCCAAAGUUUUCCAUCAAGACGUCGUACAAGCUGAAUAAUGUGUUGAAGGACUUGGGAAUGACAGAUAUGUUUGCUCGGGCAGAUCUGACAGGGAUUUCAGAAGAGAAAAACCUGAUGGUGUCAAAUGUUGUGCACCAAGCUGCUCUGGAUGUGGACGAGACUGGAGCCACUGCUGCUGCUGCAACUGGGAUUACAUUAGGACGAAGUAGGCCUAUGGCCGCUCAAAUUGUCCCKGAUUUGAAGUUCAAUCGUCCUUUCAUGGUGAUAAUCCUUGAGCGCAGCACAGAAAACAUACUUUUCAUGGGUAAAAUUGUUAACCCAAACCUCUGAUUGAGAGGUUUCCAUACUAUUGCUGUGAACAUUAAAUACAAAGACAAAACUU